AUGCUAGAUAAAUCCCAACCACCAACACAAGAAGAAGUAUCUGCUGUCUGUAAAGAAGCAUUGGAUACAAUAAUUGGAAAAUCUACAUACGAUUAUAAUGAAGCUAACAAGUGGAUUAAACAAAUUGUUGAAACGGUUCGUGCCAAUCUCGUUACAAUGGACAGACCAUACAAAUUUAUUGUGAGUUGUGUUAUAUUACAGAAUAAUAUUGGAGCUGGAAUGAAUAUUUCUUCUACAUGUUACUGGGACAAAAAUUCUGACCAAUAUUAUGCAUUUCGUUGGGAGAACAAGUCUAUCUUGGCAGCUUGCUACGUUUAUGCCGUUGUUAUUCCACCAAAUUAG